AUGCUCUCACGUGUUGCUGCAGUGAAGGAAACCCGCACAAACAACCGUCGCCGCGUGACCGGAUCCAGCGGAAGGAGGAGGGAAGGAAGAGAGAGUGAGCCGCAGAGGCCCAACAUUUCCCGGCGUGUGUUUACUUCCGCGGUGCUGCUCCUCCUCGUCGUUAUGAUGUGUUACGACACCGGGGCUGCAGCCAAUAAUAAUGGAGCGGCGUCGUGUCCAAUAUCUUCACCGGGGAAACAUUUUGCUUGGAGAGAUGUGAAAGAAGGAGAAACUGUGGGUUCUUUGCGUGUUCCCAGUCUUGUUGAGAUGAAUGGUGAUGUGUUUGCCGUUGCCGAGGCGGAGUUCACGGAAGCCAGUGAGAGCGGUUUUACAGGCAUUGCCUCGGAGCUCUUGACGUUAACUGAUCAGGAAUCAAAAGAAUUGGGUAAAGCCCAAGUGAAGACACAAGUACUGGAGGAAUGUCCUGCCGAAAAUAAGAGUUGUGCCUCCCAAACAGGGGCUCAGAAUGCUUCCCAAAGCCGGAAAAAAGUACAUGUGAGCCGGCCAACAACAGUUGUGAAGGAAAGUGAUAUUCACAUGCUUGCUGGAACCUACAGUUUUGAAGUUACUGAAGGCGUUGAUAACGCAGCUGCAGCAACUAAAUGGGGACUUUUGGUGGCGAGCGGCAAUUUCAGUACUGAGGGCAGCGAUAAAAAAAGAAUUUAUUGGAACGACGCUUACGUUAUCCCGUGGACUGAAUUUGAAAAACGACACGAAUCCUUGACAGGGCUGAUUGGCGGCGGUGGAUCGGGUGUUAAGAUGAACGACGGUACGUUUGUGUUGCCCGUGGAAGGCACGAAGAAUGGAAAAACCGUUUCGCUGAUCAUAUACACAGCCACUGGGGGUGGGAAUCUGUCGAAGGGGAUGUCUGCCGAUGGCUGCAGUGUUCCCUCCGUCGUGGAGUGGAAGGGAAAACUCAUGAUGAUGACUGCGUGCGAUGAUGGCCGCCGCAGGGUGUACGAGAUCGGUGACAAGGGGGAUUCGUGGACGGAGGCCCUCGGGACACUCUCGCGCGUGUGGGGCAGCAAACAAAAGGGAAAAGAGAAGGGCGUUAGAAGCGGGUUCACCACAGCGAAGAUUGAGGAAUGGGACGUGAUGCUUGUUACUCUGCCGGUGUAUUCCGAGAAGGCUGGCAAUCCAAAGGGCGUACUCCAUCUUUGGCUGACGGACAAUACGCACAUUGCUGAUAUUGGGCCGGUAUCCGGUGAUGAUGACGCUGCCGCCAGCUCCCUGCUGUACAAAAGUGGAAAUAAUAAUGAGGAGUUGAUUGCACUGUACGAGAAGAAGGGCGGUGGGGAAUCAUCACUCGGUAUGGUCUCUGUGCGUCUGGCUGCGCAGCUGAAGCGGGUGAAGGAUGUGCUGACGACCUGGAAGGAAGUGGACAAACGUGUCUCCAAGCUGUGCCCUUCUGAGGGUGCUCUGAAGGAUACCUCAACUGCCACUGCCUGCAGCAAUGCCAUUCCGACGGAUGGGCUGGUUGGCUUUUUGUCCGGCAACUUCUCUGAUAACACAUGGAGGGACGAGUACCUCGGGGUGGACGCCACUGUAAAGAAGGGAAAGAAUGGGGUGGCAACAGGGUAUGCGGAUAAUGGCGUGAAGUUCACGGGAAAUGGUGCGUGGGCGGAGUGGCCCGUUGGCAAGCAGGGGGAGAAUCAGCUGUACCACUUUGCGAACCACAACUUCACUCUUGUGGCGACGGUGUCCAUCCACGGAGAGCCGAAGGGAGAUACCCCCAUUCCAUUGAUGGGUGUGCGUCUGGACGGUGGAAAAAAACUUAUGGAGUUGUCGUACGACAGCCAAAGCAAGUGGCGGCUGUUGUGCAGUGACGGAACGACCAAGAGGCUUAAAAGCACUUGGGCGACAGAGAAACAGUACCAGGUGUCCAUUGUGCUACAGAACGGAAAACAGGGCUCCGCGUACGUCGAUGGUCAACGUGUGUGUGGGAGUGCGCAACGUGGAUUGGAAGCAACAGAACCCCAAGAGAUCUCCCACUUCUACAUUGGAGGGGAUGGAAGCAAUGCAGGGGGCCAAGAAGACGUCUCUGUGACUGUGAGGAACGUCAUGCUGUACAACCGCCCGUUGACUUUUUCUGGCCCCGAUGCCGAAGUGGAAAAAGAUGUUGCGUCACCAGCGGGAGCUGUUUCUCGUACCAAAACAGGGGACGAAAUAAAAACGGAGGGGAAGCCUGCCACCACACAGCAAGUGCCGACGGCUUCGAGCUCCCAUGCCGUUGGAGAAGCAGCGGGCAAUACCGGCACUGUGCAUGGAAGCGGACUGCCAUCGCUGUUGCUUCUGUUGGGACUGUGGGGGUUUGCGGCUCUGUGA